CUGUUGUCUCUGGUCAUGAGUGUUCGUGAAACAGUGAUGUCACUGAUAAAGGCUCCUCCUCUUCCUCUGGUGUUUCUGCUCAUGAUUCACGGAGGUUUCAGUGAUGAUGCUGGUUUGGGUGUGAGUUACAGUCCUUCACACAUCUGUGCACUAAAGGACUCAUCAGUGAUAAUGAGCUGCACUUAUACAUACCCUACUGGACAUGAGAUCGAGAAAGUGUUCUGGACCAAAACAAAAGAUAAUGAAGAUCCUCCAGAUCUGUCUAUGGACCCUGAAUACAGUCAGAGGCUUCAGUAUCUGGGAGAUAAAAGGCAGAACUGCACCAUCAGACUGAGUCAUGUGACACUGAAGGAUUCAAACGAGUACUAUUUCAGAUUCAUCACUAAUGAAUGUGAGUGUAGUAAAGGACAUACUGGUGUUCCAGGAGUGACUCUUACUGUCACAGAUCUUCAGGUGGAGUCUCCUGAGAGAGUGACAGAGGGAGAUUCAGUCCGUCUGACAUGUAAAAGCAGCUGCACUCUGACUGACAGAGCAACAUUCAUCUGGUACAGAAACUCACAGCCAUUAACUGAGAGAAGAGACAGAAACAAUGAACUCCUGCUGCAGUCAGUCAGAAGAGAGGAUGCAGGCAGAUAUAGCUGUGCUGUACACGGACACAAUCACAUCUCUCCUGCUGUUCAGCUCAAUGUCAUGUACCCUCCCAGGAACGUUUCAAUCUCCAUCAUUCAGUCUGGUCAGAUUUGGUCAGGAGAUUCAGUGACUCUGAUCUGCAGCAGUGAUUCAAACCCUCCUGCUCUGAACUUCAGCUGGUUUAAGGAGAAUGAAAGCUCAGCUGUUGGAUCUGGACAGAGUUUCAGUGCACUACAGAGUGGACGCUUCUACUGUCAGGCUCACAAUCAACAUGGAUCUCAGAGAUCAGACGCUGUAACUGUCACAGUUCAUCAUGGUGCUGGUAGGAAUGUGAUUGUGAUCGCAGCGACAUCAGGAGGAUUAUUCUUCAUCAUCAUCAUCAUCAUCAUCAUCAUCAUCAUUAUCAUCAUAUUUAUAAUUCAGAGGAAAAUGAAGAGCAGAAGAUCUGCAGUACAUGAGUAUGAGAAUGAUGAUCCCAGUGCAGGAACAUAUACAGCUCUUGAACUCAGGUCCAGAUCUUCUGACCUCUACGACACACUCACAACUGUCCAUCCCAGACCUGCUGAUCACCAGUCGAGCUCUUCUGAAUAUGAGAAUCAGUCACCACACAGCAAGAAUCCACAGUAAAAUGAAGCACGAGUUAAACUUUACUCAUUUUUUGUCACGUUGCUGGACACGCCCACAUCAUAACUCCCAACGAAAAUGAGCGACUUUCCAGAUAACAGAUUUGUGUUAUAAAAACGUUCUCCAAAUGUUCAUUUUGGUUCUGCGAAAGUAAAAAUGUCCAGUUUUCUUGAUGUUAGAGGAACGUGUUUUAAAAGGUAUGAUGCUCCUCAAACGUUCUUUCAACUUAAUUUUGAUUUAAAAUUCAACAGACCAACAUCAAGUGACCACAUCAAAUUGACUGCCCUCUACAGGACAAACUUAAACUACAUUACCCUUUAUUCAUCCAAAUGUUUCCUCAUCUGCUACAUCUUUGGUGCAUGUGAGCUUUAAGAGCUGGUACUUCCGGGGCUACUAGUCAGUCAGAGAAAUACCAUUUGGGAUAGAUGGGAGAACCAAUGCUGUAUUCCAGGUAUUAUAUAGACCCUUUCGGGAUAUUAACAAUUCAAAAAUCAGCACAAGUCUGUUUAUAACUAGAGAUGUCAUAGUAACAGGUCUGUAACAUCAACACUCGUCUAUUCAUCGCUCACAAUGGUCACAUGAUCACAGUCAACACUAGAGAGGGGCUGCUGGGAAGUUUUGUUUUCUCACCUCUUGCUACAGAGGAAACUGUAUUUAUGGCCAUAUUAAGAGUUUCAUGAGACACCAGAAAGCACACAAGAUCACUGUCAGAAUAAAAAGAUUUGAAGAUAUCAUAUGAUGAGAACCUUUAGAUAUAGAGAUGCAAGUUUAAUAUUCCGUUACUCUAUUAAUUACUUUUAUUUUGUUAUUUUAGUCUAAUGUCA